CACAGCACAGCCACUCAGCGUACAGAACACAGAACACAAGGAGCAGCAGAGAGAGAGAGAGAGAGAGAGAGAGAGAGAGAGAGAGAGAGAGAGAGAGAGAGAGAGAGAGAGAGAGAGAGAGAGAGAGAGAGAGAACACCACGACCAGCAGAAACAACAGCAGAACUGAUACACAGAAGAGCAGCUCCUCUCAGGAACACACUUUCAAGAUGCACCCUCUUCUGCAUCUGCUGGUUCUCCUCAAUGUGGGCUUCUCCUUGUCCAACCCUGUUACUACUGCUGUUCCAACUGUUCCUCCAAACGCAUGUGAAAAUAAGCCCUGUUUGAAUAAUGGCACCUGCUUCUUCACAAGUUUGCAAGAAGACCUGGCUUACACUUGCACCUGUAGCCCAGGAUUCACAGGCAUGAACUGUGAGUUUUUUAUAGACCCAUGCACAAGCAAACCCUGUCUCCAUGGAAACUGCAGCAGCAGAGGCAGCAAUGAAGGCUACAUCUGUGUCUGUGAGGAGGGUUAUCGAGGUGAACACUGUGACCAGCCACUGCAAAGUAUCCCUGUCUCCGGCUGGACAGAGUCUCUGCUGCCAGGACUUCUCAGCCCAACAUCAGGAGAAUCUCCAGAACCAGAUACCCUUUCACCCCCCGUGCAAGUGGCUGCAACUCUGUCACCAUGGCAACCAAAGCCAUGUCAAAAAUAUGUUGCGCUCAGCUGGGCUGGAAAACAGCUGCCCUUGGAUUUCGCCUGUGGAAAUGGAAGUUCUAAUGGAUCUGCUGGAGGUCGCAGUUCGUCCCUUGAUGUGCCAGAAGAGACAUCUGUAAAGAUUAAGGUCAACGUGACUGGUUAUCCUACCCUGUGGAAAGUCACUGAAGCUGGAUUUAACCAAUGCUCUCUUACCGAGGGGAGAAGUGUUCCUCUCCUCCAGGGCUUAGAUGGACUGAUUCUCUCAGAGGAGGAGUUACCCGUGGGAAACAAUUACUUUAUUGUGUUUGUGAACGAUUCAUCUAAACCAGUUUGGACUCUGCGCCUGAAUGUCAGUGUUAAGGUCAGCAAUUGUGUGGAGCCUGGAAGUAAUUUUAAUGACCCUGAAUGCUCUGGGAAAGGAAUGUGCACCACAGAAUCUGAGAAAAUGACGUUCUACUGUGAGUGCAGCCGAGGAUUCACUGGAAUCUUCUGUGAAGAAUUUGAUGCCUGCACUGAGAACCCCUGUGAGAACAAUGGAACCUGCACAGACGUGAGGCAAGGCGAUGAUGGGAAAAACGUCAUCUGUGCCUGCCAAGCUGGAUAUCGGGGAUCAAUGUGUGAGGAGAAGAUAGAUCCCUGUGCUUCGUCUCCCUGCCAGAACAAUGGGAGCUGUUACUCUAAUGGGCUGGCGUACAGCUGCAGCUGCAGUCCUUGGUACACAGGGCCUACCUGCACUCAGCUCAUUGACUUCUGUGCUCUGAACCCCUGCGCCCAUGGAAUCUGCCGCAGUGUUGGAACCAGUUACAAAUGCCUGUGUAUUCCAGGUUACCAUGGUUUGUACUGUGAAGAGGAGUAUAAUGAGUGUCUCUCAACCCCUUGUCAGAAUUCUGGAACAUGCAAAGACCUCGUCAACGACUAUGAGUGUCUAUGUACUGCUGAGUAUGAAGGUAAACAUUGUGAACUGUACAAGGACCCUUGCAUUCACAUAAACUGUCAGAACGGUGGCACCUGUGACAGCGAGGGCCUCAAUGCGACCUGCCUUUGCCCACCUGGAUUCCUUGGUGAGGAAUGUGAGGUUGAUGUAAACGAAUGCGAGAGCAAUCCUUGUCAUCACAGUGGAACAUGUAUCGACCAGUCCAAUGGCUACACCUGCCACUGCCCUCAAGGAUGGGUUGGGGCCAGUUGUGAAAUACAUCUUCAAUGGAAGUCGGCACGGACAGCAGAAACCUUGACCAACAUGCCCCGUCACUCCCUGUACAUCAUCAUCGGAGCUCUCUGUGUGGCGUUCGUCCUCAUGUUGAUUAUCCUGAUUGUGGGGAUCUGCCGCAUCAGCCGUAUUGAGUACCAGGGCUCAUCCAGACCAGCUUACGAGGAAUUCUACAACUGCAGGAGCAUUGACAGCGAGUUCAGCAGCGCCAUUGCUUCCAUCCGACAUGCAAGAUUUGGAAAGAAGUCCAGACCAGCGAUGUACGAUGCCACUCCAAUCACUUAUGAAGAUUACAGCCCAGAUGACAAGCCGCUGGUCACUUUAAUCAAAACAAAGGAUUUGUAAAAGCAUUUAGUUUGAGAAGAUUUAUGAAAACUAAAACUACAAAACAGCAGCACUGUAAACUGUAAACUAAUAUGUUUUAGAUAAAAAAGCUAGUCGGUUAACGUUGUUGAAAUGUCCUUAAAUGACCUUUUAAAUAAUUCUUAAACAAGUGAAUAAAUAAAUACAUAAAACAUGAAGAAUUUGAUCAUUAAAUAUAUUUUAAAUGUGAAAUUGUGAUGCUAUUAUAUUAAUGAUACUAUAGUAAGCAUAUACUGGUAUGUGCAUUUAUUUAAUAAAUGGUCAACAACUUGACUUACUAUGUAUACUGUACCUAAUAACCACGAUUGGUUAGUAGUAUCAGAUUAGUGUAAAACAAGGUACUGUGUGAGGUUUGGUGCCAGUUCCCUCAGUGUAGAUUAAGCAAAAUGUAGAAACAGCCUAGAAAUCCUGACUCCUAGAACUGAUAAGAGAUAAUUAAAACAUGUUGUAGUAAUAUCAAGAAUAAUACUAAUAAUAGGUGCAUUUGUUAUACAGUGCAUUAAAUAAAAUGCUGUAGCUUUUGCCUUACUUGGUGCAUGGCUAGAUUAUAUGGGUUCUGCAUUAUUUUCUAAGACUUGCAUCAUAUUUGUUUUAAUGAGUUUUGGCCUUGGGUGACGACAUUAUUAAUGAAAAAUCAGUUGGCAAACUGGACUAUGAAGGGGAAAUGAGUAAGGCUUUAAUUUGUAAUCACGUUUGUUCAAUUUGUGAGUUUCUGUAGCUUGCUUACUUGUAGCGGAUGUGGUUUUCCGUAGCUGUGUAUCAUUGUGUUGUUCUUGCGGUCCAGGCUUGUUCUUUCAGAAGCUACCUGAAUGCAACAUGCUGACACAUGUUCUCCUUUGAUUAUGUUUAGAUUUUUUAAACCACGUGCUUAAACUGGAUGUUGAAUGAUGUAAUAAAGGUCAAAAUGAACACUAGAA